AUGUCCUGCCAUGUCACUAACUGUCCCAGCAAGAACUGUCCCAGCAAGAACUGUCCCAGCCAUAACUGUCCCAGCCAUAACUGUCCCAGCAAGAACUGUCCCAGCCAGAACUGUCCCAGCCAGAACCAGAACUGUCCCAGCCAGAACUGUCCCAGCCAGAACUGUCCCAGCCAGAACUGUCCCAGCCAUAACUGUCCCAGCCAGAACUGUCCCAGCCAGAACUGUCCCAGCCAUAACUGUCCCAGCAAGAACUGUCCCAGCAAGAACUGUCCCAGCAAGAACUGUCCCAGCAAGAACUGUCCCAGCCAGAACUGUCCCAGCAAGAACUGUCCCAGCAAGAACUGUCCCAGCCAGAACUGUCCCAGCAAGAACUGUCCCAGCAAGAACUGUCCCAGCAAGAACUGGUCAGAUACAUGGAGACUGGUGUUCCCACUGAGAUACAUGGAGACUGGUGUUCCCACUGAGAUACAUGGAGACUGGUGUUCCCACUGA